AUGGCUGGGAAUUGCGGCAACAUAUCCUCCGCUGUCGGACCGUACGCUAUCGAUCAAGGCCUACUGCGCGACGUUGAGCGCGACGAGAACAGCGAGACCACUGUGCGCAUGUUCAACACCAAUACGUCAAAGGUGCUUCACUCUACCUUCGCCAUUAGCAGAUCAGGAAAUUACGAGCCACGCGGAGACUACUCCAUUGACGGAGUUCCUGGUACGGCUUCACGCAUCACGCCUUCGUUCCUGGAUCUGGGCGGUGCGAAGACGGGCAAAGCGCUUCCAACAGGCCAGCCAGUGGACCAACUUGACUUGCCCUGCGGCCGGUCCAUCGAAGCAAGCUUGACAGACAUCGCCAACACGGGUGUCUUCGUGCUCGCCUCAGAUAUUGGUGUGCCUGGCGACGUGCAUCCAGAUACCCUAGGCUCGAACGCCGAGCUGAUGGCUCGUCUGGAGACCAUUCGUCAGGCCGGAGCACGCAAGAUGGGACUCGAUCCAGAAGUACAGAGUGUGCCCAAGAUCGUCCUGCUCUCCAGACCCACGCAGGAAGCAGCGGAACAAGGGGUCAACAUCGUUUGCCGUGCACUCUUGAUGCAGCAGGCGCACAAGCCCGUGCCCCUUACACUUGCGCUCAUUCUGGGCGCUAGUUGCGGGAUACCGGGCACCUUGGCGCAGCAGACGGCGGUCAGUGCUGAAGGGAGGGAGUCGGUGGUCAUCGCGCAUGCAAGUGGCAAGCUUGAGUUCGGCAGUGUGAUGAGGAACGGCAAGAUUGAGAGCGCACUUUUGCAUCGCACCGCUAGGUUGUUGAUGAAGGGUGAUGUGUUUUACACCACGGAGGCUUGA